GAAUAAUAAAAAAUAGAGAUGAAAUUCACGUUCUAGAGUGUGUUUUAUGCGCUGAAGUAUAUGCGAGGGAAGUAGAGAGAGACAACUCCAACAGGACAGGUAGUCGCAAAGGGGUUCCUCAGAUUUGAAUCGAGAGCGAUCUCAACUUGUCCACUCUCAGGCUACAACCAUGAUUCAGUUUGUGCUUCUCAUUAGUCGACAAGGAAAAGUGAGGUUGACAAAGUGGUAUUCACCCUUUGCCCAAAAGGAAAGAACAAAGGUAAUCAGAGAACUCAGUGGUUUAAUUCUCACACGAGGCCCCAAGCUUUGCAACUUUGUGGAAUGGAGGGGUUAUAAAGCUGUCUAUAAAAGAUAUGCCAGCCUGUAUUUCUGCAUGUGCAUCGACCAGAAUGAUAAUGAAUUGGAGAUCCUUGAAAUUAUACACCAUUUUGUUGAAAUACUUGACCGCUAUUUUGGAAGUGUCUGCGAGCUGGAUUUAAUCUUUAAUUUCCAUAAGGCUUAUUAUAUAUUGGACGAGCUUUUAAUUGCUGGUGAACUUCAAGAACCGAGCAAGAAGACAGUUGCGCGCCUAGUAGCAGCACAGGAUUCCUUAGUGGAAGCUGCUAAAGAGCAGGCCAGUUCAAUAAGCAACAUGAUCGCGCAGGCCACCAAAUAGGAUUAGUCUGGAAGUUACAUAUGUUCAACUACAUUUGGUUGGCCGAGUCCAGUCUAGUGCAUUAUGUUUGUUGUCCUAGAUGUAUCUGUAAUGGUUGAUUGACUGACUCAAAUUUUCUCACAAAUGGUAUUGUUUAUUUUACA